GCAAAGCCCGGGCCGGGCUGGGACUGCAACUCCCGGCAGUCCCCGCGGGCCGCGCCCGCCCGGGCGGUGCCGGGAAUGCGGGCGGCUGGCGGAGCCAUGGCGUCCUUCCGCCUUGCUCUUAUCCAGCUUCAUGUAUCUGCUGUUAAAUCAGAUAAUCUCCAACGAGCCUGUGGACUGGUGAGAGAAGCAUCAGCUAAAGGAGCAAAACUUGUGGCUCUACCUGAAUGCUUUAAUUCUCCAUAUGGAACUCAAUACUUUAAGGAGUAUGCAGAGAAGAUCCCUGGGGAAUCAACACAAAAGCUGUCAGAAGUUGCAAAGGAGUGCAGUAUAUAUCUCAUUGGAGGAUCCAUUCCAGAAGAAGAUGGUGGAAAGCUCUAUAAUACAUGUACUGUCUUUGGGCCUGAUGGUGCUCUGCUGGCAAAGCAUAGGAAGGUUCAUUUGUUUGACAUUAAUGUUCCUGGGAAGAUACAGUUCAAAGAGUCUGAAACACUGAGUCCAGGGAAUAGUUUCUCCAUGUUUGACACGCCAUACUGCAAAGUGGGCCUGGGCAUCUGCUAUGAUAUGAGAUUUGCUGAGAUGGCUCAAAUCUACGGCCAGAAAGGUUGCCAACUGCUGAUAUAUCCAGGGGCUUUUAACAUGACAACAGGACCGGCUCAUUGGGAACUCUUACAAAGGGGACGAGCUGUUGAUAAUCAACUCUAUGUAGCUGCUGUAUCUCCUGCUAGAGAUGAAAAAGCAUCCUAUGUUGCCUGGGGACACAGCACUGUAGUAAAUCCUUGGGGUGAAGUCAUAGCCAAAGCUGGGGCUGAGGAAACAGUUGUAUACACAGAUAUAGAUCUAAAGAAACUUGCAGAAAUACGUCAACAAAUUCCUAUUUUAAACCAGAAGCGUUGUGAUCUCUAUGGUGUAGAGAUGAAAAAGUGAAGCUGGGUGAAGAGGGAAGGUUCAGCUGUCACAAUGGCUGUUGCCUUCAUCUUUGGAAGGAUUUCCUUAGUAGUUGUUCCACAAUUUACUGCCAAAUGUGCCGGUUAGGAAACCAUCACAUAACAAAAACUUGGUGCAAUUCUAAUAUGAUUGAAAUAUAACUUUUCUAUUUCCUCUCAUACUUAAGUAUUUCAGAGUACUUUGCAGCUAGGAUAAAGAUGGAGAGGAAAUCAGUUCAACACAGCAGUGAUUAACAUUGACUUUUAUGCAUCAUAAUGUCUUAGUUACCUUCUGAGGGCUGUUUUGUAGAACACAGAAAUGGAAUUCUUGAUCUCUGAAACUCUGUCUCAAGUCAGCUUUGAAUAUUGAAUUUUUCAGUGAAUUGUCAGAAAAUCUAGAAGCAUGAUUCUUCUCACUCUGUCCUUUUUAGAUGCACAUGACUUAACCUAGGUCCUUGAAUGCCCUACUUCUAACUUGGGAAGCUUAAAAUUUAACACACCAAGGAAAACAGGCCAAAUUCUGCUCUUCACUACACAAGACACUGCAAGAAGCUGCCAGACAGAGCUGCUCCUAUAGAAUCUGUAACAGUUUUUUGUUCAUGUGUUUGUCUGGAUCUGUGUAUUAAAUUCUCCUUAUGGCAAAUCUUGUUCAUUGCUGAA